AUGGAUGACUUCCGAAAUGCCGCGGAUGACCAGACAUGGCCGCCCAGCAUCCACCCCCGCCGCCUCCAUCUCGAUGCAAAGAGCACCAUUGCACUGAUCUCGGAUCUGAUCCCGCCGCUCGCCGUCCUUCACCACCGCGUUUCCCGUCGCAAUCCUCCCCUGAUGGAAAAUGAAGCCGGCCGCUUGUUCUUCCGUUCUUUGGGGCCGCUGGACAAGCUGCUCAACGUCACAGCAGGCGCAUUUGUCCCCGUAGGUACCAACAUGUUUGUACGAAGCGUUGAAAAGCUGGUCUCGCUGAAGGCCGGGAAAAGUGAAUUUUCGGCUGUGUUUUGA